AUGUCGUCUUCAUUUCUUCCCGCUGGAAGAAAUGUACAAAUAAAAUUUAAUCCAGACAAUCGCAAUUCUGAUGUCCUCAUUAACUCACUAUCAGAUAAAGCUGUUUCUAAAACUACACCACCAGCCAUAAUCCCUUCAACAACUGAAUCACAUGCCUCACAUUCAUUCAAAUUUACUGGCAGUCAUGCUUUUGCUCAUAAAAGUCAGAAGUUACUGUCGCUUUUAAGAGAUACAAAGUCCAUUUUGGGGAGCUACCGCGAGGUAAAUAAAGAAAAAUGGCACAUUCAGUAUCCAUUUAUUCGAUUUAAAGCUCAAUCUUCAACUGAACGAAUUUUUCCGAAAGACGAUAAUAACUUGAGAUCUAUCAGUGAACGGAUAACAAUGAAAGCUGAGCCACUUAAUAAAUUCCGUGAACAAAUUCGAGCGAAAUUGCAUGCUCCUGAACCCGAUAUGUCUUCGUCACAGGAAUCUAUUAAUAAACUUAAUGUUCUAAAUUUGGACCUGAAAAAAGGUGAUAGAUCGUCUGCGGAAAAUGUAGUAGAAAAAUUGGAUAAAAGUUCUGUUGCUACUUUAUUAGAUGAAAGAAUAAUUCAAAGUAUUAAGAGGAUCGAAAAUCUCUCUUCACGAGUUGCCGAUACAAGCUCUAAAGUUUUAGUCGCUGGUGAUGUCAAUGCAGGAAAGAGCACAUUUGUUAACGCUCUUCUUCGCCGUGAAAUUAUGCCGGUAGAUCAACAACCUUGUACAACAAUUUUCUGUGAAGUUUUAAAUGUACAAGAAAAUUCGAACAAAGAAGAAAUUCAUGCAAUUAAGAAUAUCGAGGCAUAUAAUCGUGAAGAUAAGAAUACCUAUACAAAAAUUGAUUUUGUGAAUUUAUUUGAUACAAUUAGUGGUGGUACUGAGGAAUAUACCCAACUCAAAGUUUAUUGUAAAGACAAACGAAAGGCUCAACAGAGUCUUUUGCAUAACGGAGUUGUUGAUAUUGCGUUAAUUGACUGUCCAGGGUUGAAUCGUGAUACUCUCAAGACUACUGCUUUGUUUGCUCGACAGGAAGAAAUUGAUGUUAUUGUCUUUGUAGUUAGCGCUGAGAAUCAUUUUACUUUAUCUGCAAAAGAAUUUUUGUCAAAUGCAUCUAAUGAAAAAGCCUAUUUGUUCAUUGUUGUAAACCGCUUUGACAACAUCCGAGAUAAAAACAAAUGCAAACGUAAUAUCUUGGAACAAAUAAAAGAAGUUUCGCCACGAACUCACGAACAUUCUGAAGAUCUUGUGCAUUUUGUAACUUCGACAGCCAUUCCGAUUGAAACUGAUAAUGAUGAAUCUAUUUCGGAAUCUCCUGCCUCUCCACACACCUCUGAUAGACAAAGAAUAGAAGACUUUCAAAGCCUUGAAGAAUCAUUGAGAAAUUUCAUUCUUAAAAAGCGAUCCAAGUCUAAAUUGGCCCCCGCUCAGUAUUAUCUUGAGAAUCUUGUCAGUGAUAUUGGAGUUUUGGCCGAAUUUAAUAGAAGUAUCGCAUCAAUUGAAGCGAAAACUGCCUUGAAGGAACUUCAAGAUGGCGAAAGAUCCUUUGAACAGUUAUGCAAUGAUGAAAAGUAUAUCGGUGCAAAAGCAGAAAAGUAUGUCGAAGAGACAUGCGAUCUUAUUGUUCGUUUCACUAAACAGCGAUUGGAACACGCAAUUUCCGAAAUUGAUAAAUCGGUUAUCAACAUUGAAUAUCCUGGUUUAGUAUAUGCGUGGGCUUUUGCUAAUGAUGUUCGUGAUAUUAUGUUAGAUGAAAUCUCGAAAGAGGUUCGAUUAUCUGAAGAAUUUGCAAAGAAAGAAACAGCUCUUUGUAUUAGUAAAAUUCAAUCUUCGGGAGAAAAUUUGGAAGGAAAUCAACGUCAAAUUAAACUUGAUAAAAUGUAUAAACGUGAUCAUAAUAUUAUUAGCAAUGCCAUUACUGUCUCAUUGUCCGAUUUCGUUGACCUUAAUUUUGAUAAAAACGUGAAUGAUGGUUUGAGUAUUAUCGGUUUCUCAGGAUGUACUUUAAUUGCAGUUGCUACCAGAUUGGACGCCUUUUCUAGUUUAUGGAAAAUUACCAAUUUUAUUGGUUUCAAUAACUUGCGUAAAAUCGCCCUUCCAAUGAUUUUAAUUGCCGGAGGCAUUUCCGUUGCAUAUGUCAUACGUGAUUUGAAAAGAAGUUUAACCCGUAACUUGGCUCGAAAAAUCCAACAACAAUUGGCACAAUCUCAAUACGUCGAUAUCGAGACUAAUCGUAUUGUUAGACAAGGACGUAAGAAGUUGCGUUUGGCUACAGAUGACUUGCGCACGAGAUUCCGACAUGCCGUCGAGGAAGAAGAGAAAAAACGUAUUGUCACCAAAUCUAUUCUCGCAAAGUCAGAAGAAGCAGCCAGAUUUUUUGAAGAAAUCUUUAGUAAAGUAGAAUCAAUGGCUGAUACCUUAGAAACUCUCGGUCAUGAAUGGGAGGAUAUGGAUGAUUAA